AUGACAUCAACUGGUAAAGUAAAAAGAAAAUCUUCAUUAUCCAUUCAUGAUGCUAGAAUAGCUGGUUUAUAUGAUUUGGAACAUACAAUUGGAAAGGGACAUUUUGCUGUAGUUAGAUUAGCUAAGCAUGUAUUUACCGGUGAACGGGUUGCCAUAAAAGUAAUAGACAAAACAAAAUUAGAUCAUAUUUCAACAAAUCAUAUAAUGCAAGAAGUUAGAUGUAUGAAACUUGUCCAACAUCCAAAUAUAGUUAGAUUGUAUGAAGUUAUUGAUACGCAAACAAAAUUAUUUUUAAUCUUAGAACUUGGAGAUUAUGAUAUGUUUGAUUAUAUAAUGAAAAAUUGUGAAAAGGGGUGUGAUGAACGGCAGGCUCAACAUUAUUUUUCUCAAAUUAUUAAAGCUAUUGAUUAUUGUCAUGCUUUACGAGUUGUACAUCGUGAUUUGAAACCAGAAAAUGUUGUGUUUUUUGAAAAACUUGGAAUGGCAAAAUUGACUGAUUUUGGUUUUUCAAAUUUGUAUACACCGGGAGAAACAUUAAAAACAUCCUGUGGUUCUCUUGCUUAUUCAGCUCCUGAAAUUUUAUUAGGUGAUUCAUAUGAAGCUACUGCGGUAGAUGUUUGGAGUGCUGGUGUAUUAUUAUAUAUGCUUCUUUGUGGAAGAUUACCAUUUCAAGAAGCAACCGAUGGUGAAACAUUAACAAAAAUAUUAGAUUGUAAAUAUUCUAUUCCUGAGACUGUUUCUAAAGAAGCAAAAUCAUUAAUUUCAAGAAUGCUGGUAAAAGAUCCAAGAAAUCGAGCAACAAUGGCUGAAAUUGUUCAACACCCAUGGGUAAUAAAGGGUGACAAAGGUCUUACUGAAGCUUUACCUUUAAUUGUUAGAGAACAUUUACCUGAUAGUGCUCAUAAUACAAUAAUUGAUCAAAUGGUUAUUGGAGGUAUUGGAACUGAAAGUGAAAUUUUAAAUGCUUUAGAAUCUGAUGAAUAUUCUUAUGUUACAGCAACAUAUUAUUUGUUAGCUGAACGAGUUUUGUCAUCUAUAAGACAAGAACAGGCAGCUAGACUUUUAACAAACAUUCCAUCAACAUCUGAUACUGAAGAAAGAGAUACAGAUUUUGAAUGUUCAAAAGAUACAACAAAUAUUUCAAUUAGUGGAAGAAGUCGUUCAAAUUCUUUUAGAGGUUUUCCAAAUAGACGACAAUGCAGUAUACUAAAAGAAGAAAGUGAGGAAGAAUUAAGUACAUAUUUAAGAUCUCCUUCUCGUCAAUCAUCGAGGAUUUUCAACAAAAUACCUCGGUCUGAAAGUAGAUUUGGAUCAUUGCAGGCACAUUCUGCUACAGAUGAAAUCACUUUUAAUUCAUCAUUAUCAAGUCCUUCUAUAAAAUCACCUCCUCCUAUCCUAUCUUUAUUUUUAUUCAAUACUGAAGAUAUUUUAACUCCUAUCAAUGAAAAUGAGAUAUCAGGAGAGGUUGUUGAUGGUUCAAAAAAUGUAACUCAUUCUCUACAAAUGCCUUCAAAUCCAUCUUCUGUAAUAUCUUAUACAUCUUCAGUAUUAACAUCACAUGAAAGUGAUGAUUCAGAUUAUUGUCAAAAAUCUUCACCCACAUCUAUGUGUUCAUUUAAAAGUUUAGAGUUACCUCCUACUAUACGUCGUUUAAGAGGAAAAAAGUCAAAUAAACUUUCAAGAACUGCUUCUGAACCCUCAGAUAAAUCUAAAAACAAUAUUACAAGACAAUUGUCUUCUUGUGUACCUUCUUCAAAUAAAUCUUUUAAAACAUCUUUAGUUAGGAGAAAUUCAUCACCAUCUGUAUCUAUGCUUGGAUUAACUUCAAUUGCAUCUUCGCGUGAUAGAGUUUCACCUCAAGUUAUACAAGGAUUACUUGAAGUUACAAGAAUUUCUAGUAGAAUGGGUAGAGCUGCUUCUCCUGAUUCAAGAAUAAGUUCUCGAUCCCCAUCUCCAACAUCUACUUCUGGAAGACAAUCACCAAAUCAACUUGGAAGUUUUGUAUCACGAAUUAAAUCAAACAUGUUACCAUCUGGUGGUAUGAGAAAAUUAAGUUCUUCUCCUCAUUUAUUAGGAAUUUGUGAAGAAAGUGAAGAUUUAUCAGAUAUUACACCUACUAACAACUCAAAAUCUAAUACAACCUAUAAUUAUACCCAACCACGUAGUACACGAAGUUCAAGUAUGGUUGUAAAUACAAUUCCAGAACUUAUUUUAACAAAAAGAAAAACAUCUGAAGGAAAAUUAGAUAGAAAAUAUAGUGAUUUAUAUGCAUCAAGUGCAGUUGCGUAUAAUAAUACAAGAUCUGUUCGCCAUAGACAAUCUAUAGUAUCACCUGAUUUUAUGAAACGUUAUGAAACACAUCAAAAAAUAGUAUGUAAGACACGUCGUUCUAUGAGUUGUUCAUCCAGUGAAACAUCAGAAGAUGAUUCUCAAGAAAGGCGUUUAAGUUUAAUUAACCAAAAAUAUUGUCAAAAGAAAGAUGAUCAUUUUAGUGAUGAUGAUGAUCUUAGUACAUUUAAAGGUUCAUUACAAAAUAAUACUUUUGCAUCUGAGCAAGUACCAAAAAAUAGUAAUGAUUCUUCAAAAUCAAAUGAUGCUAAUAAUUCACCAACAUCAAAUAAUUCUAAUAAUACUUCAAAACAUGAAGCAUGUACCAUUGCUGAAAAUACUUCUGAUAAUAUUGAACAAAAAAAAAAUUCAUCAACAACAAUUUUUUUUCGUUCAGAAAUAGCUGAAAAAGUGUUAUAUGAUUUAGAAAAUGAUCAAGAAAAUCGUAAUAUUUUAAAAGUAUUAAGAAAAACAGAAUCCUUAAAUAAUGUAUAUAAAAAUAAUACUGAUAAUCAAGAUGAAUACUCAUCUUUACAAUCUAUAGUUUCAUCAUCUUUUGAAUCAUUGCAUUCACAAGAUUCUGGAUAUGCUUUAGGCAGAGAAUCACCAACAUCUGAGUUUUCUCCAAAACCAAAUGAUAUAACAAAUAAUAUUAUUGAGAGUCGGGAUUUUAUAAUAUCUACAUCUUAA